GUUUGGGGAUGGUACACCGGGGGUAUUGCGUCGGCUCGUCUCCUCUCUCCUCGGUUUCUCCUGCCGAUAGCACACCGUCACCUCACCGCAUUCAACAUGGAUCGCUUACAAGAAGAUGAGUAAUAACCCCUUGCCAUCGCGGGAGCCGCUUCUGUUGCAAACGUCCCCCUGAAGAGAGCGAGUAGAUAUGGCUGAGCAAGACAUCUGUCCUCACCUGGACUCAAUAGGCGAGGUGACCACCGAGGAUCUCCUCCAGAAAUCUAAGGGAACAUGCCAGUCUUGUGGAGCUGGGGGCCCAAACCUGUGGGCCUGUCUGCAGAGCGACUGUCCUUAUGUGGGUUGCGGAGAGUCCUACUCUGAUCACAGCACCCUCCAUGCACAGGCUAAGAAGCACAACUUGACAGUGAACCUGACGACGUUCAGGAUCUGGUGUUACGUGUGCGAGCGCGAGGUGUUUCUGGAGAGCAGGCCUGCCCUGGUGCCCGUACCAGCCACUCCCCACCACUGCAAAGCCACAGAGCAGGAGGCAGCUCCCCAGCCAUUGGGCCACCCACUAAAAGCAGUACCAAUUGCUGUGGCGGAAGAAGAGGGUUCAGAAUCAGAUGAGGAUGAACUUAAACCAAGAGGCUUAACUGGAAUGAAAAAUAUUGGAAACUCCUGCUACAUGAAUGCCGCUCUCCAGGCCCUGUCCAACUGCCCCCCUCUCACUCAGUUCUUCCUGGACUGCAGCGGACUGGUGCGGACUGACAAGAAGCCUGCCCUGUGUAAGAGCUACCAGAAACUCAUCUCAGAGCUCUGGCAUAAAAAACGGCCCAGCUAUGUCGUCCCUACCAGCCUGUCCCACGGCAUCAAACUAGUAAACCCCAUGUUUCGUGGUUACGCUCAGCAGGUAGGGGCAAGCACCCAGCAGGACACUCAGGAAUUCCUGCGCUGCCUGAUGGAUCAGUUACACGAGGAGCUGAAAGAGCCCCUGACAGAGUGCAGCAUGAGCGGGGAGGGAAGCGACGGGGACGAGAGACGAGACGGAGACCGGUCCCCGUCCGAGGACGAGUUCCUGUCCUGUGACUCCGGCUCCAGCAGUGACCGGGGGGAGGGAGGGGGCGUGGGUGACAACGAGCUGCUCCUGCAGGACGAGUGUGACGGGGUCAGGUCGGCGGCGGCGGGAAUGGUGGGCGUCGGCGGUGGCGCGGUGAUCUCGGAGAAGGAGAGGCUGAAGGAAAGGAGGGUGUCGGGCUCACCGCUCCACGGCGGCUCCCAGGAGAUGGACGAGGACGCCGAUGUGGACACAGCGGCUGAGGGGGGUGUCCCCGAGAGGGGGGAGGAAGAGGAGUCGGCGCCAGCGCCAAACGCAGAGGUCCAAAGUCAAGAGAACAACCAGAUAUCUAAUGCAGGGCAGGGUCAGGUCCAGAGCAACAACGCUUCAGAGCCAGACAACGAAGCAUCAAUGGCUCAACCUCAGUCCACUCCCUGUAGUCCUGUGCGAACUCUUCAGGAGCUGCACCCCAAACUGUCGUCCAGUCCGCCGCGCUCCAGCCCCCUCCGCUCGGCAGGGGGGCCUGUGUACUCCUUCAAAAAAGCUCAGCUGCUGCUCGGCGCCAGGAAGAAGAAGCAGUCUCACUAUCGCAGCGUGAUCUCCGACAUCUUCGACGGCUCCAUCCUCAGCCUGGUCCAGUGUCUGACCUGCGACAGGGUCUCGACAACAGUGGAAACCUUUCAAGAUUUAUCGCUGCCUAUUCCUGGCAAAGAGGACUUGGCGAAGCUCCACUCGUCGAUCCACCAGACUCUACCGGUCAAAACGGGCGUGUGCCCCGACACUUACGGCUCGCAGGGCUGGAUCUCCUUCAUCAUGGACUCCAUACGCCGGUUUGUAGUCUCUUGUAUCCCCAGCUGGUUUUGGGGGCCCAUGGUAACACUAGAGGACUGCCUCGCGGCCUUUUUCGCUGCAGAUGAACUCAAAGGAGACAACAUGUACAGCUGUGAGAGAUGUAAAAAAUUGAGAAAUGGAGUCAAGUACUGCAAAGUGCUCAAACUUCCUGAGAUCCUUUGCAUUCACCUGAAACGUUUCCGGCACGAGGUCAUGUAUUCAUUCAAGAUAAGCAGCCACGUGUCCUUCCCGCUGGAGGGCCUCGACAUGCGACCCUUCCUGGCUAAAGAGAGUCCAUCCCAAGUCACAACUUAUGACCUGCUGUCAGUCAUUUGUCACCAUGGCACGGCAGGAAGCGGACACUACAUAGCCUACUGUCAGAAUGUGAUCAAUGGCCAGUGGUAUGAGUUUGACGACCAGUACGUUACCGAGGUCCAUGAGACGGUGGUGCAGAAUGCGGAGGCCUACGUGUUGUUCUACAGGAAAAGUAGCGAGGAGUCGGUGAGAGAGAGGCAGAAGGUGGUGGCUCUGGCCAACAUGAAGGAGCCCAGCCUGCUGCAGUUUUACAUCUCCAGAGAAUGGCUGAACAAGUUCAACACCUUCGCAGAACCAGGGCCCAUCAGCAAUCACACAUUUCUUUGUCAGCACGGAGGGAUUCCUCCUAAUAAAUACCACUACAUAGAUGAUCUGGUCGUGAUUGUUCCGCAGAACGUGUGGGAGUACCUUUACAACAGUUUCGGCGGCGGCCCGGCCGUCAACCACCUGUACAUGUGCGCCAUCUGUCAGGUGGAGAUUGAAGCUCUAGCUAAACGCAGAAAAGUGGAAAUAGACACCUUCAUCAAGCUGAACAAAGAGUUCCAGGCUGAGGAGGCUCCGACGGUGAUCCUGUGCAUCAGCAUGCAGUGGUUCAGAGAGUGGGAGAGCUUCGUGAAGGGCAAAGACAACGAGCCACCUGGGCCCAUCGACAACAGUAAAAUUGGUGUUAUGAAAGGAGGACACAUACAGCUCAAGCAAGGCGCAGACUAUGGCCAGAUUUCAGAGGAGACGUGGCAGUACUUGUUGGGUAUUUAUGGCGGAGGCCCCGAGAUUGCAGUGAGACAGACCGUAGCCCCGGCCGAUCCGGAGAGCCUUCACGGAGAGAGGAAGAUCGAGGCAGAGACGAGAGCACUUUGAGAUGGAGAGAGGUCUACUGGUUCCCCUUUCCACUCCUGCCCUCACAGGAAGCUGAGGAAUUUGCACCUUGGUGAAGAAGACCCGCCGUGAGCACUUUGUAAAUGUAGCAGCGUAUUAUUCCGAAAGCCAUGUCGCGAGAGGAGGAAAGCGGCUCUUUAAGAUAACACAUAGUUUAUUUAUUGGAUUAACAGUGUAAAAAUAAGGCGUCACAUCCCUGGAGCUGUGUUUUGGUAGCUGUGGUGUCUCAGUGGCCGCUGUGGUGACUAGGUGUCAUGUACUGUAGAAAGUGGCUGCGGCAGGCGGAUGCUGAGGUCUAGCGUGAGGAUUUUUAUUCUACAUUGUGGAAGCAGCAACCAAGAGACAUUCGCAAACAUUCUGUCGUAUGCCUUUUUUUUUUUUUUUUUUUACUAGCUGUUACAAAGCAACGAGUUCAGACAAGACGUCAGAGAUAUGAAAUAAAUCAAAGUCUUGAAACCUCCAACCUUAAAUCCUACAGAGUGAGCCCUCAGGAAUGGAAGAUUUUGAUGGUGCAAUGAUCAGAUUAUUGACGUAUAAAAACCCUACGGUUCGUUUUGAAACUACAGAACAUGCAUGCGCCCAAUUUCAGGUUCAAAGUGCAUGCAGCUGCAAGUAUUUUUUUUUUUUUUUGAGAUUCCGCUGACAAGAAGAUCGCUCAGACAAGAAGUUUAUCUGUUUAUGUGCUUAAAAUGACUGACUUGUCGACUCAGUCCUGUUUUAGUUUGUGCAGGCACUAUGAAUAAAUAGGCGUAAGGGUAUGUAGAUAUAUGAAUAUACAGAAAUAUACAGAGGAAGAGUUAAGCGGGAGACACAAAAGGAGAAUGUUGUUUAAAGAAAUAUCAUAACUGGCUUUUCUGAUAGGAGCUUCCAUAGUAACUUUGUAAUUCUUCUGCAGUGUGACAGUGUAAAUGACCUCAUAUCAGUUUCUGGUAGAGACGCACACAGUUCCAAAUAGACCGACAAUGCAGUUUUGCUUUGACCAUAUUUAACUUAGAAGGUUAUUUGUCAGCAUCGCAAAUAAGGUCACUCUCCCACGCUGUUUGAAUUAAAUGAUAUAUAUUUAUAUACCUUUUUAUUUCUGCAUCAUUUCUUAGCUGUGCAUGUUUGGUUUUCAGGACGUCCGAGAAAAAGUCCAAACGUCACCCUCUCUGCGGUGUUUGCUUGAUAAAGAAAUAUGUGUGCAGCUGCAGAUUGCAUUAUUGCUGAAGAGACGUUGUCUAGUUUACGUACAAUACGCUCUCUUCGCCAAUUAAGACACAGCGUCUUGAUUACAUUCUGGAGUAAAGUUUGGUUUGCUCUGCCAACAAAGGAAGUGAUGAGUCGGAACUUUGCUUCUUAACCACAUUUAAUCACCAUAACAUCAGGCUGGUAAACAAGCAUGCGAAGGCGUUCACGCAGCUCUUUGAAGCAGCCGGUGGAGCUGCUCGCAGAGUUUUUAUUCAGAACAUCGAUUGCCGUGGCUUUGUUUAUCAGUAGAAACGACUUCAUAUUUUCCUAAAUUGUACAGUAAAUAUUAACUGUUCAGUUUAAUAGUACAGGGUAACAUUAUAUCUGGGAGAAAUGGCAGUUUUUUUCUUUCUAUUUUUUCGUUAACCGUGCACAUGGUGGCGAAAUUCACAUCAUCUGAUGCAGAGUUGCAAAGUGGCAAAACGUGCCGGUUCCUCAAUUCGCAUUCCAGUUUAGUUUUUAUUUAUUUAUUUCAUUUUUCCUACGCCAUACCCGGGAGGCUUUUAAUAUUUCAACCGUGUUUUGUCCAACGGUGCAGCAUGGUCAGAUUGUUUCUUCCCAAUCCAAGAGGCAGAAGUGAUUUUAUCUUUUUUUAAAUUAAUGAAACUUUCACAUCCGGUACUGGGGAGGGGCGCUCAGAACAGCGCUUCCUAUUUCGCAACCCUCAACGCCAAAGAAUGAAGGGGUUCUUACUUCUGCAGUUUGUCCCUUAAUUUUUUUUUACAACAGCAAUUAGAGAUCUGAAAGACAGUCAAGCAAAUUUCAAGCUGAAAUGUAAAGACUAUUGUGAUCUAAUCUAAUCUCAAUCUGCAAACCAGUCACAACUGGAGUGCAGUUCCUUCAGCCCCCUACUCCAUGUUGUCAUUUAAAUUCCCAGCGCUCUACACAAUAGAAAGGUCUUUUUUUGUUUGUUUUUAUUAGCCGUGUACCAUUAAAUCACCCAGCUGUCGUCUCACGACCCAGUAGAAGUGGUGACAUUGAAGACACAUAAGGUUGUGCACAGAUCAGCCACAACAUUAAAACCACCGAGGCCCCUUCCCCUCAACCAAGUAGAAGUUUCCGACUGUGGCUUCAUAUUUAGACGUGAAAGUAUUGAAAUUAUUCCAUUCCAAGCAUUUUUUUAAAUAUACAUUGAAUGAAAUUUACAUAUGACUGAAAUGACUGAAACUUUUAAGAAAUAUGCCUCUUGAAAACUUCAAAUUUUUUUGUGCAUGUGUCAAGUCAUUUCAGAACGACUGACUUUUAAAAACAGGUCCGUAGAGAUUUUUGGGUGUAAUUAUGAAAAUUGCAGUUGGCUCAGCCUUUUUUUUUUUUUUUUGUGAUACUGAUAGACCGCGUUAAGAUGUGCUGAAAAUAGGCCUGAGCAAAGGUCCUGGAACACAAACACCUAAAAGGAAAGCAAGAAGACCAAAUGGACGGUCAGCUGCAAGUCGGAGUCGUCAUAAAAUGUUCUUUUUUUCGGGUCGAAAGCCAGAAGACAACUGUGGUUGUUUUUAAUUUUCUUCCUUUUCCUCUCAGACACUGAAUAGAUAAUUGCCACUGAACUGGACGAUGCCACUCCACUGCAACUGCACCUGAACCAAAACAAAUGACAACUAAAUUGAAUUCACAUAAUUUUUUUCUUUAAAAUGAUUAAUCCAAUUUAAUUUGAUUUGCCUGUACAUGUCAAAAUGCCUCGUGAGCUGUUCAUCAGCAUUAACGAGAAAUUUAAUAUACAGGAGAUAAUAUCAAUACUUCGGAGAUGCUUUUUCUGGGGGGAGUGAGGGCGGGGCGCAAGUGCAAUCUACAGAUCUUUGUGCAAUGUUUUGCUCUAUCAUCUUAGAGAUACCGAACAUUUCGACGAGCCCACAGUAACGACGGGGCGCAGUAUUAAGAAAUCCCGAGGGGUAAUUAUUUAAUUAUCUCUGCCUGUGGGGUUGUUUUGCCCGUGUUAUAGCGCGUAACUAUGCGUGUGAGGUUUCCAUUUCACUGGCAAGCCACGAGGCGUUGCUGUGGUCGGACACUUGAAAGAAAAUAUGACACCUGACUUCACUGACUCACGUGUUUUCCCUGUAUUCUUCAGUGUGUGCGACUCUUGUGGUCAUGACAGUGGUGAAGCUUUGGGACUUAAUGUAAGUGGUUGAUCUCAAUUCAGUGGGAUGUCUUAAUGUGUGUGUAACUGGUGUUAAUUAUUCAUGACUGGUACGAUUAAAAUUGCCUGGUCCUGGAUUUGAA